AAGUAAUGUGAUGGGAGUGUUAUAUUUGGCGAAGAAAUACAUGGUGCCCUCACUGGCUGAUAAAGGUGCGGAAUAUCUUCAAGAUAACUUAGAUGCAUCGAAUGUUUUCAGCAUCUUGACACAAGCACAGAAAUAUGAAGAGAAAAAACUGGUGGACCAUUGCUGGAAAGUGAUCGAUGAACAAGCAGAAGAAGCUGUGAAAUCGGAAGGAUUUGUGACAAUUGAGAGAUCCUUACUUGAGGCAGUGGUCGAGCGUGACACUUUGAAUAUUCAAGAAAUAGAGUUGUUCAAAGGGGUGAAUUUGUGGGCGACAAAGAGAUGUGAGGAACAAGGCUUAUCGACAGAUGGAAGUGAGAAAAGAAGAAUUCUCGGCGAACAGAUGGUGAAAGGAAUACGUUUUCCAUUGAUGACCCAACAUGAAUUUGCUGCAGUUGUUCUUGACAGCAAGAUACUGACCCCAGACGAGGCUUUUAGCGUAGUAAAAUAUUUUAAUUCGGUCCCAGACACUCCAGUAGUAUUUUCCGAGAAGAAGAGAAGGGAAUCGCUUCAGCGUUGUUACAGAUUUCGUUCCGUGGUUCACACUGGCUCUGGUCAUCCCUAUGCAGCUGGUAAAAAAGACUGUCUUCUUUUUGAGGUCGACAAAGACAUCUCCUUACUUGGAGUGACACUCUGUGGAAGCAGAAAUGAUAAUUAUGGUGUAGGUAUUCAGAUAAAAUGUUUAGAUAAGGGUAAGUGGAAUGAUAUUUGUUCGAAAACAGGAAAAUUUUCUUCAGUACACAUCGAGUCAGAGUUAGUCACUGUCUGUUACUACGGUUUCAAUAUUUUCUUUGACCGUCCAGUUGUUAUAAUGAAAGGUGGCCUCUACCGGAUUGAAGCUUCCAUCUGUGGUGCCAAUUCUUGCUUUGGUGUAGAUGGUAGAAAAUCCGUGUUGUGUUCAGGAGUUACAUUUAGUUUUGACAACAGUUCUGAGAGUAGCAAUGGAACCAGAGUUGAACGAGGGCAAUUUCCAGAGUUUCUUUUUUCUGUAACAUAAAUAGUUCUAAAUUCGCUUUCAACGCGGAAUUUUGAUUCGCAAUUAGGUUUUAAUUAAAUUGCCCUUUUAUUGGGAAGUCAUGUAAAUCUAAUACAUGGGUACCCUUCAGCAUUGAAUGGAAUUAGUUUUACACGAGUUGGGUGACAGCGAUCAGUAGUAAUAAAUCGGGGUGUUUUUGAUGCGUACAAUUUUGGCAUAAAAGUAAUGAAGAUGAUCGUUGAACGAUCGAAAUAUUUCUUGUUUUAAACUCAAAGUUGUUGUCCAUUUUUUUUAAAAAUAGUUACUUGCCUGCUAUUAUCCAGACCAAAUGAAGUACUAUUUUUUUUUGAGGUAACCAAAACAACAAAGAACGGAUAACAUCCAGACAGAUUGUCAAUGACCAUAAACUUGUGCUAUCGAUGCACAAAACAAUUCAAGAAAUCAUUGCUUUUUCUGUGUAAAGUAUUUUUUCUCAUAUAAUAUGAUGUAUUAGUUUAUUUUCUCGAGUUUUAAGUGUCUUAUAUUUUAUAUUUUUUAUAGGUAUAAUGUUUAUUUAUUGGCUUUGUUAUGGAAAGUAAGUUUAGGUUUGCAUAAUUAAGAUAUUCUUUCACACAGUUUAAUUUUAAUAAGGAACUCAGUGUUCUGUAGAAACUGGCCUACUGAUGCAGAUAUCGUUUAUCUUUUUCUUUGUUGAUAAAUAAAUAAAAUAAAACAAAAAGUGGAUUUCCCAUGCCAUCUUCAGUUUUUAGCCAAUCGUAAUGAUUCAAUUUAGCGCCCGGGGCGCUUAUUUACCUUUGGUACC